AUGUCCUCGGCACGCAACCUGGCGCCGGCAGCGGCGGACGGCUUCAAGGACGCGUCGGCGUACGACGAGCACCGGCCGUCGUACCCGGCCGAGGCGGUGCAGAGGCUCCUGGAGCACAUGCGGCUGGCGGACCGGGCGCACGCGAGGGUGGUGGAGGUGGCGGCGGGCACGGGCAAGUUCACCGAGGCGCUGGCGGGGCGGCACGAGGGUUUCGAGGUGCGCGCCGUCGAGCCGCACCCGGACAUGCGAAGGGAGCUCGAGGGGAAGAGCCUGCGCGGGGUGAGGGUCGCGGACGGGGCUGCUGAGGAUAUGGGCGGUGCUGUUGGGGACGGGUGGGGGGAUGGGUGUGUUGCUGCGCAGGCUUUUCACUGGUUUGCUACGAAUGAGGCGCUUGAUGAGAUCUAUCGGGUCUUGAAGGAGGGCGCGGUGUUCGGGAUGAUCUGGAACAUCGACGACUACAACAAGCCCAAGUCCUGGCCGGCAUCGACAGCCUGGGCGCAGCACCUCAACGACUGGGUGCACAGCCUGGCGGUGCGGGACAACAACCCGCGCUUCCGCGACACAAUGGCGUGGCAGGACGUCUUCGCGGCGCAGGUCAAGUCGAACCCCGUGCAGGUUCUCCGCGACACGCUGACCAACAGGCUGCCGCGGUUCUCGGUGCCCAUCGGGCAGGACAAGGUCGAGUGGACGCACUGGCUCAGCGAGGAGGCGCUGUGGCGACGGAUCAACACGCUCAGCCACGUCGCGAUGCUCAAGGGUGCUGACAGGGAGGCGGGCGAGAGGGUGUUCCGCGAGGCGAUGGCUAUGCCGGAUGUGGUGAGGAAUGAGAAGGGCGAGGUGGAGUGCCAUGGGCAGACGUAUUUUGCUUGGGCGGAUAGGAUGUAG